AUAGCCAGGUAAAAAAAAAAUUUUUUUAAAUUAAACGAUUUGGACAGCGACGUGAGUGACAGCCUCUUUGUGUCCAGAGAAUCCGCGCCUGGGUUAAUAAUGGAAUUCUGACAGCUGUUCUUUCCAGCUGUUUUGUCACCGUUGUGAAGGAGAAAACGGCUUACCAGGUUAACUUAAGUGGUGUGGAUGUGCCGAAGAAAUAUUAAGGAGAACAUGAAGCAAGUAUAGCUGUCAUGUUGUGGCACUGUAUUCAUUGGUGAUUUAUGCUCGAAUAGAUCUGAUCUGAGAAUGUAAGUCUGAUCUGGUGAUCCGUAUUGAAUGCUCAUUGUAGAAAUAGCUGAACAAAUGAGAGAUGUGUGUGAUAACGAUGUCUGUCACGCUGUUGAAUGUAGACACUCAGUGCACUUCCAUUGUAUUUAAUCUCCUAGGUGAAGACGGGGACAGCGAGAAGGCUUGUGCAGAUAGUGAGGUGAUGUUGCUGGGGUGGUAGAAGCCGCUACAUGCAUCAUCACCCACUUAAUCAGCAUCACCAUGCCCACAAUGCAGGAUCCUAGCAUGAAUUACAACUUGAGUGCGGUGCCCUGGGACCCUGGUGCCCUCCAGCCACCUUCGAUGACAAACAGUGCUGUGAAGAUGGUGGCCAUAUCAGCUAUUGUGUGCAUGUCUCUCUUUGGCAAUGUGGUGGUACUGCUGGUGUUCCAAAGAAAGCCACAGCUGCUGCAUGUGGCCAACCGCUUCGUGCUCAACCUACUGCUGGCUGAUCUGCUGCAAACGGUGUUUGUCAUGCCAUUUGUUAUCGCCGCCACCGUACCUGAGGUCUGGCCACUGGACACCCGUCUGUGUCAAGCCCUGGUGGUGCUCAUGCACCUUUUUGCUUUCACUGGGGUAAACACUAUUAUCGUCGUGUCAGUGGACCGCUACCUGGCCAUUAUCCACCCGCUGUCAUAUCCAACACGCAUGACACCUCACCUGGGCACUAACCUGAUCGCUCUUACCUGGCUGGUGAGCCUGCUGCAGAGCACCCCACCUCUCUACGGCUGGGGAGCUAUCGAUUUCGACAGACACCAUAAUGCCUGCAUCAUGGUAUGGUCCUCCAGCCAGUCAUACUCGGUGCUGGUGGCCACUCUUUCCUUCUGGCUGCCUGUGGCCAUCAUGCUUGGCUGCUACUGGAUGGUGUUUAGGGCAGCCCGGCGGCAGAAUGCUUUGGUGCACCCUGUUCAAACGAACCACCCUCCAGACUCAGGCUCCAGUCCCCACAGGCAGCUACAGCAGCUCCAACAAGAAGGCUCUUUCUCAGCCACGAAUCCUGCCAGGAACAGGCACCGUCGCUUUCACUACCACUGUAAGGCAGCAAGGGUGGUUUUCGUCAUCAUGGCCUCCUAUGUGCUCAGCAUGGGUCCGUACAGUGUUUUGAGCACCAUUUCCAUAAGUUCCCGCACUGCUGUGCCACCAUGGUUGGCCUCACUGGCCCUUGUCCUCUUUUUCCUGCAGUGCUGCCUGCACCCUUACAUCUACGGCUACAUGCACCGCAGCGUGCGUAAGGAGUUCUUGGCGCUGCUCUGCGGGCCACGAUGCGGACAGACACGUCCAGGGCGAGGUUCAGCUGUGGACAGCUGCUUCACAGUGACCGAUGGACGGUCAGCACAAAUGCAUAUCCCUAGCCACAUGACCCGCAUAUGUUCCCUCCAGACUUGGGAGGAAGGAACGACAUCAUCCUCACCUGUAGCCCGGAUAUCAAGGGAGAGCCAGAAAGAGACAACGUCUGUGAGCCUGACCUCAGGCAGGGAGCUUACUCUGCAAAGCACCAAGUGAUAUUAUUCUUUACUAUUUGUAAUGUUCUUGAGGCAAACGAAGACAUAAAUUUGCAUGACAGGGUCAGUAGUAAUUAGUCCAGGUGACUAGGUUUAUGUCUUAAAUAUGUCUGACUGCUCAUCCAGGAGGUUUAAUCAGUUUUACCUCUAUAGACCACAAUACUUUCGAAAUGGCCUAACUGAAAACCUUUAUAGACAAUGAACGAGUGGUUAUUGACUGCUAUAGUGGUUAGUAGUUACUAUUUGUCAGUUUCAUAAAAAAGUGAAAUUCAAAGGGUCAUAUGCACAGAAAGCUCAUGUACCUCUGAUAUUUCUUUCAGCGCCCAGGUCAUUCCAACUGGUGGUUUGCAAAAAUGCUAUUCCAAUGUUCUUCAUGCAGGAAGUAGUUUAUUUGAUGGCCUAUUAAUAUUGAAUUAUUAUUAUGAAGUUAUAGGUAUGUUAAACGUAGUAUAUUUUUUACAAUUUUUUGAUAUACUAUGAAUUUACAUGUAUGUCAUUUUGUGAUGCUGUGUGUAAUAUUUGUAAAUUCAACCAAAACAUACAUAUUUUGUGUUCGAAAAGUUGUAAAGACAUCAGGGAGAAGCCCUAAUGUUUCAACAUUAGCGUAACAUAAGUCUUGCUGUGGUUCCUCAAACGCACAGGUGGAGAAUGUACACUUUUGAUUAAAAAUAAAUAAGUUUUAAAAACAAUAACAAGAGGCAGGCGGUUUUUAGGACAUGAAAAUUACAGGCAAGCUAAGUUUUGACGAGGCAUUUUAAAAGGAAACAAUACUUCAAAACCCACGAUCACACGUUACCUUAAAGACUGACUUCAUGUCGAGGUUGCUGAUGUUCUUCAUGAGAGCAUCCAGUGUGCUAAGCUGCUCAAGGGGUAAUACAGUCUGUGUAUUGUCUUACUUCUUUACCACUGAAAUGCUUUGCUGGCUCUGUACACAGUCAGCUCUGUUUAAGAGCGCUUCUCUAAGAGAGCUGUAUAAUAGCUCACUUCCUUUAAGUGUGAGAUAAUUAAAUCGGUAUGCCCACAAAUUGUUCAAAGGGGUGACAAUCCCUAUGGGCACUUAAUGUUCUGGUGUGGAUCACAGCAGAAGGAGCAACCUCUUUUGCAUAUGUAUUCAGUCCCCCCCAAUCAUAAUACACACAUAGGGCUGCACAAUAUGUUCAAAAUAUGUUAAGAUUUGAUUGUCUUUCACUGAAAUACUCUACAAUACACUCAAUUAUUACUAACACUAUGCCUUUAUUUGACAUAAUACCCACACACACUUCUGACCCUGUUUAAAAUGCUCACAGCAUGAUUCAUUAGUGUAUUGAUUUGUACAUAGCAGAAGCCAAGAUCACCAUAAUGAUCAACAAAUAUAUUGUG